AUGAUGACUGAACUGGAGACAGCCUUGGAGGAUAUUAUCAAUGUGUACCACAAGUACUCCAUUGGGGUAGGGCAUUAUGAUGUCCUCUACAGAGGUGACCUGAAGAGACUGCUAACUAAUGAGUGUCCUCAGUACACAAAGAAAAGGAGUGCAGAUGACUGGUUCAAACUGUUGGAUGUCAAUGAAGAUGGUGCUGUUACCUUUCAGGAGUUCCUUGUACUUGUGACAAAAUUGCUCAUAGAAGAGCACAAAAGAGAGCCAAAAACACUAGCAGGUCUCUUGGGUCCUUGA